AUGUGUUCAAUUGAUAGUCUAGAGGUAAAGAACUUCAAGUCGUACAAGGGAACACAUAUACUUGGUCCUUUUCUACAGUUCUCAUGUGUUAUUGGUCCAAAUGGUAGUGGCAAGAGUAACUUGAUGGAUGCAAUCACAUUUGUACUCGGUGUAUCAAGUGCAACAUCAACUAGAAGCAAUAUCAGUCAAUUGGUGUAUUCGUCGGCAACCACUACUGUCGAUGUACCUACAACUCCUAAAUUCAACGAUCUCAUUGCUGAAGCUCAAAAGGAACAACAUACUCCUGAUAAAGGAGAUGAUGAUGGUGAUCAUGAUGAUGAUGGUGAUGAUCAAGUAGGACCUACUAAAAAGAAAAAGGGACAAUUAGAAUCAUAUGUUAAAUUGAAAUAUAUUGAUUUCAGCAAGGAUGAUGAUGAUGACGGAGAUGGUAGUGGUAGUGGUCAGACAGUAUAUGAAUUUAUGCGAAAGAUUAGGGGAUCGUCAACUGUAUAUUAUAUCAAUUCCAAGACGGUCGACCGUAACGACUAUUUAGACAAGUUGUCGACGUUGGGUGUGCAUUCGAGCUGCUCCAACUUUUGUGUGUUGCAGGGUGACGUUCAAAACAUCGCGUCCAAGGACCCAAGAGAGAUCACACGUGCCGUCGAGAGAAUAUCGGGCUCGGACCAGUUCAAAGCAGAGUAUGACCAACUGUACAAACAAAAGACAGAGAUUGAAGCAUUGUCGGUACGAACAUACAGUCGUGUCAAGGAACUCACCGUCGACAGAGACCAUUACAAAACACAACUAGCCGAACACAAGCAAUACUUUAAAGUGGUCAAACAACGUGACGAGAUUGCCAUCAAGAUUGCGCUCUUGGAACUCAAGUUUAUACGUAGCGAGUUGGCACGGUUCACAGGUAUGCGUGAAAAGGCUGCCAAGGAGAUUGCACAGAUCGAAUCGGAACGUGAGAACUUGGCCAAUGAAAAGAAACAGGCCAACAAGAAACAAGCCACCAAACACAAAGAAGUGAUGGAGAUGGAAUUCAAACUCAAGAAACUAACACAAAAGAAAAACAAGACCAAACCAAACGCAUUCAAAGCAACUGAAGAAAUCAACUUUUUAACAGAACGAGCUAAAAAGAUUCAAGAUAUGAUUGCUCAAGCCAACAAGAACCGUUCAUUACAACAAAAAACACUGGAAAUGCUUACUCAACAACAAAAUGAAAUUCAAGAGAAAUUGGAACAACUCGAUCUCACUCAACAAUUGGAUAAAGGUCUUAGUUUAACAAAUGAUCAAAUUGAACGUUAUAAUGCUUUAAAAGUUCAAGCUGGUAAAACUACCAGUGAAGAUAAAAAGAAAUUGGAUCAAUUACUUAGAACACAAAAUUUUGAAAGAGAAAAACAAUCAAGUCAAGAAGCUUCAAUUGAUGAUUGGACUAAAAUGAUUGAACAAUUGGAUAAUUCAACCAAACAAUUGGAAGAAAGAAAGAAAAAGAGUGAAGAAUUAUUGGUUCAUAUUGAAAAACAAAUUCAAGAAUUAACAGAAGAAAUUGGUAAAACAUCUUCUAGAAAUGAAUCUCAAUAUAAAAGACAACAAACAUUAACAAAAGAAUUGGAUCAAAUUCAAUUUAAAUUGUCAUCAGAAAAGACACAUAGAGCAGAAAAGGAAAGAGAUAAAAAGAUGAAUUAUGCAAUUUCAGAGUGUAAAAAGUUAUUCCCAGGUGUCAAGGGCAAAUUAAUUGAUUUGUGUAGACCAAGAAACAAGUUUGAAACGGCAUUUACCGUCGCGAUGGGUAAGUUGGCCGAUGCAGUUGUCGUCGAGACUGAAUUGGCUGCCAAUAUGUGUAUGUCGUACUUUAAGGAGCAGAUGGUUGGCGUGACCACCUUUUUGCCAUUGGACAGAUUGUACGCCAAGCCAACCAACGAAAAGUUGCGUCAGUUGGGUGGAGACGGUCGUACCGCCAAACUGCUCAUGGAUUGUAUAGAGUUUGAUUCACAGAUUGACUUGGCUGUGCGUUAUGCCAUUGGCAAUUUGUUGGUGUGUGACACACUACAAGAGGCUCGUAUGAUGGCCUUUUCAGCCGAACGUCACAAAGUCAUCACCAUUGACGGUAUCAAGAUCACCAAGAGUGGUUUGAUGAGUGGUGGUUUGAUGGGUGUCAAGGACCGAACAGCCAAACUCAACGCAGGCAAUGUAGAAGAGCUCAAGAAGCGUCGUGACUCGAUCCUACAAGACCUCGCCGAGAUUGAACACACCUCUGCCAAUUUCUACGAACUCGAUAAUCUAAAGAGCCGUCUUGAAGAGCUCAAAUCAACCGCCCAACUCCACAAGGAUACUCUCAAGCCCAUCGAAGAGAGAAUCAAAAAGAAUGCAACUGAAAAGGAGUCCAAGAUCCGUCUCAUUGACAGUUUUGACAAGGAGGUUGACCAACUCAAGAAAUCAACCACCGAACGACAGGCACUCAUCGAUUCUACCCAAGCGGCCAUUGACAAGGAGGAAAAGGGCAUCUUUGCCGACUUUUGCAAGGAGCUCAAGAUACCCAACAUCCAAGAAUUCGAAGUCAACCGUAUGGAAAAGUUACAAAAGCAAACACAAGCCAAGCUAGAACUCUCUCUUCAACUUUCAAAGGUUCAAAAUCAAAUCAACUAUGAAGGUAAAAAAGAUUAUAACAAUGAAGUGUCCCUACUGGAUAAUGAUCUCAAAUCAAACAAUCAACAAUUGGAAAAGGAAAUUCAAACUCAAACUGCCACUCAAAAUGAAAAUGAAGAAAUUCAAGAUCAAAUUACUGAUGCAAAUGAUAAAUUAAAGAAAUUAAAGGAUGAAGUAUUAGAAUUAAAUAAUACAAUUAAACAAUUGAGAACUAUAUCUGAUGAUAAAGCAAAGGCACAUGGAGAAUUGGAAUCAUCAAUUAAAAUUUAUGAUGUGGCAAUUGAAAAUGGAAAGGUUGAAUAUCAUAAAUUGUUGGCAAAGGCAAAAUUGGAUAAUAUGAAAUUACCAUUAUUAAAAGAAGAUCAAAUGGAAGUUGAAGAGGAAGAAGAGGAGGAAAAGGAAGAUUCUGAUGAGGAAAUGAAAGAUUCUGAUGAAGAUGAAGAUGAAAAGAAAAAGAAAAAGAAACAACCUCCUCCAACAUCUCCAAAGAAAAAGAAAAAUGCAGCCGCUCCUACUACACCAAAGAAAAAGAAAAAAGGAUCUGAUGACGAUGAGGAAGACGAAGAGGAUGAAGAGGAAAAGGGUAAUAAGAAAAAGAAACCAUCUGCCACAUCACCAAAGAAGAGUCCAGGAAAAGGUACAAAGAGAAAAGUAGAUGAUGUAGAUGAAGAAGAAAAAGAAAAGGAAAAAGACAAAGGUGAUGAAGAAGAGGAUGAAGAUGUAAAGAAAAAGAGAUUAGAAGAAGAAGAAGAAGAGAAAAAGAGAAGAUUAAUUGCUGGUGAAGAUGAAGAAGAGGAAGAAGAAGCUGUCGAUGAAGAGGAUGAUGACAAUGACUUUUUGGAUCAAGUUCAACUCUGGGAUAAUAUGAUCCCAGAUGAUGAAAGAUUAGAAUUCUUUAACAGACAUCUUAGAAUUAGAAUUGAUUUUUCUUCUAUAUCAAAACUUAAAGUUAAAAACACAAAUGAAUUAGAAGAUAUAAUAAAAGAUUUGGCACAAGAAGAUAAAAGGUUGAAAAUUACUAUGGAUACAAACCCACCCAAUCCAAAAGCAAUGGAGAAUCUUAAAAAGGCAACGGAUGCAUUGAGAGAGGCUUCAUCACAACACAAAGACCAAAUCAAACGUGGAAAGGAGAUUGUAACUCAGUUUAAUAGAAUCAAGACUGACAGAACCGAACUCUUUCAAAAGGCAUUUGAUACGAUCAAGACAGAGAUUGACGCAAUCUAUGGUGAACUUACCAGAGACCUAUACCCACCCUAUCUCAGAGGAUCGGCUUCAUUGUCACUUGAUGACACUGAGACUCCGUUCAACUCUGGUAUCAAGUACAGUGCCAUUCCACCAAACAAGCGGUCGCGUGAUAUGGACGAUUUGUCGGGUGGUGAGAAAUCAAUUGCCGCGCUUGCCUUUUUAUUUGCCAUGCACAAGUAUCGACCAUCACCCUUUUUCAUCUUGGAUGAAGUCGAUGCUGCGCUAGACAGUAUCAAUGUUUUGAAAUUGGUCCGUUACAUUCGAGAAAAGAGUAGUGUCACUAGUCAACUGCAGUUUAUUGUCAUCUCGCUCAAGGAACUCUUUUACAGCAACUCUGAUGGUUUGGUUGGCAUUUGCCGUAAUAUUGCCGAUUCCUCCUCCAUAUCUCUCACAGUCCGUCUUGACCAUCUCCCAGUUAAAACAGUCGAACUAUUACCCAUCAAAGAUAAAAACAAGAUUGAUUCAAGAAUCAUGUCUGCCAGAAAACAAGCAAUGAGUAGUGCUUCUGAAACAAGUGAUACUGGUGGAGAUGCAACUUCAACAUCUGUUUCUGAAUAA